AUGUUUAAUCUGAUUGGCGCAGCCCAAAAAAAGAUAGGCGACUUUCUGGAACAAGGUGUGCCCGGAAUCCCGGAAGAAUGUGUAGAAAAGAAAACGCCGGCUCCAGACGUCGCUGAAGGAAAAUCGUCGUCUGCAUUCUUUACCGGUGCGUAGAUCUGAAUUUUUCCAAGUAAUUAUUAUUUUUAGAUACAUUUUCAAAUUAUGCCAGAAUUGCAUCGGAGAAUCUUGCUAUUGCUCAAAAAAAGGCUGCCGAUUUAACGAAUUUGGUGAAGGAAAACCUGGACAACGUAAGAAUCAUCGAAUUUUUCAAUGGAACUAAUUUUUACAGACGAUACUUGGUGAUUUAAACAAAGCCCAGAAGUCGUUUGAACAACAAGUCUCCGCUAAGCAAGACACUGGUUCACCAUUUGCUGGUAUUCUGGAAGAUGAAAAUGUGAAAAGGCAGAUUCUAUGUCUCUCCGAGGACGAGUCCAUCUUCCUUCAAGACUCCCCUGUGGUUGAUGAAGACUUAACCAUUGAAAAAAUGGAAGCCAUCGCCAAGUUUUUCAUCGAGUACGACCCAAGGAUAUUGGACAUCAGAUUUGAAUUGGUACCCAAGAAAAUAACGGAGGAACGAUUUUGGAGAAAUUAUUUAUAUCGAGUCCAACUUAUCUGUAAAGCGUCUGAAAAUACAGUGAAUGAAAGGGUGGAAGCCGUUAGAGAGGAAAACGAGCCAAAGGAGGAAGAAGAAACUGUUGCAGUUGAAGAGAGCAGCAAGACCAAUGAGGAAGGUAGGUCGUACGUACUGGCAAUUUAACAGUGUUCAAGAUGACUGGGAAUCCGAGUUCUUACAAGAUAUGCCAGAUUAUGAAGUUGUCAAAGAUGGCAAGUCCGAAGAGCAAUGGAACGAGGAACUCGAUGAACUUCUUGAGAAUUGCUCCGACGACAAAUUAUCCAAUGACGAAAAAUCGAAAUAA